GCUCCUGUUGCUGGUAAGAAAAAAAACGGGUAAAAGGUUUGCCAGCUAAAUACAGCUAAUUUAUUCAUUGAUUCGCGUCUCUGAAGAGGAGCGGAACUCUUCGAGGUGUUUGAAGACCACCACUCCUAAUUCUAUUCUUAGGAGGAUACACACAGAGAGAGAGAGACACAUGCAAAUCCUAUACCCUUUACAGACAGACUUUACGCCCCUGAGGACUGUGGGUACCGAGGGCAGCAGCCAUGUCCGGCUCCUACGAUGACUCCAUGGUCGACGUCUCCAGUGACAGCUUCUGGGAGGUGGGGAACUACAAGCGGGCAGUGAGGAGGGUGGACGAUGGCAGUCGCCUGUGUAACGACCUGAUGAACUGUCUCCAUGAGCGGGCGCGCAUCGAGAAGUCCUACGCACAGCAGCUCACAGAGUGGUCCAAACGCUGGAGACAGCUUAUAGAGAAGGGCCCUCAGUACGGGACCCUGGAGCGGGCGUGGGGUGCCCUGUGCACGGAGGCGGAGAAGGUGAGCGAGCUCCACAUGGAGGUGAAGGCGGUGCUGAUGGGGGAGGACUGUGAGAAGCUCAAGGUGUGGCAGAGGGACUACUACCACAAACAGAUGAUCGGAGGCUUCAAGGAGACCAAGGAGGCUGAUGACGGCUUCCGCAAGGCCCAGAAACCCUGGGCCAAGAAACUGAAAGAGAUGGAGACGAUGAAGAAGGCGUACCACGGGGCCUGUAAGGAAGAGAAGCUGGCCACCAGCCGGGAGAACAACAGCAAGCUGGAGAACAACAGCAACCCUGAGGCCCAGAAGAAACUGCAGGACAAGGUGGAGAAGUGCCAGCAGGAGAUGGAGAAGACUAAGGAGCGCUAUGAGAAGUCUCUGGAGGAGCUGGACAAGGUGACUCCCCAGUACAUGGAGAACAUGGAGCAGGUGUUUGAACAAUGGCAGCAGUUUGAGGACAAACGCAUCACCUUCUUCAAAGCACUUCUGCUGGAAGUCAAGCAUCACCUCGACCUCUCCACUAAUCACAAAUUUCAGACAGUCUACCACACGUUGGAGGACACUAUCUCUGCUGCUGACGCUGUGGAGGACCUCAAGUGGUUCCGCUCCAACCACGGUCCUGGCAUGCCCAUGAACUGGCCCCAGUUUGAGAAUGUGGACUGGUCCCGCUCCUCUAGGUCCAGAAGGUCCAUUUUAGACUGGUCCAUAGACUUGAACCGUACACUGAGUCGGCGAGAGACGAAGAAGAAGCCCUCCGAGGGAAUCACCCUGACGGGCAUCAGCCAAAUGGAAGAGCAGCAGGCAGCCAAGAGCAGCAGCAGCCUGACUGUGCCCACAAGCACAGAGCCGGUGGGUUCGAACCCAUUCGAGGAAGACGACGACGAGGAUCUCCAGGGGACCGUGAAGGAACAGCCUGCUGUCGUCAACAACAACAACAACAGCAGUCCGCUCAAUGUCAAAAAAGUGGAGGAAGUGAAAACCGCCAGCAGUGUGGAGAAGUCGCAAGAGUGGUCGGAUGAGGAGACUGGGGUGAACCCGUUUUCCAUUGAGGAUGCCAACGGCGAUGGGAACCCGUUUGAGGUGGAGCCGGCGUCCUCGGGGGUGUCUGUGGCCGUGCGUGCCCUCUACGACUACGAAGGACAGGAGCAGGAUGAACUCAGCUUCAAAGCAGGUGAGGAGUUCACCAAGAUAGGAAACGAGGACGACCAGGGCUGGUGCAGAGGGCGCCUGAAAGAUGGCGUGGUGGGCCUCUACCCCGCCAACUACGUAGAAGACAUCCAGUAAUGACCGAGCGAGGGACAAGGAGGAAAACGAGAGAGAGGAUGGGGUGAAGAGGCUAAAGAAAGUGGAGGAGAUGGGGUAGGAGGGUGGGCAGGCCUGUCAUUCGCCCCUCACCCUCUUCCCCCUACGUGGUAGAGGCUGGCCGCAGUGUGUGUGAGUGAAAGGGGUGGCAGAAGGAAGGGGUUUGCCCAUCGAAGAGGAUGAUGUUGUAGCUCUCUCUGUUGUAUCUUCCUGGAUCCCAUGUCGUUAAGCACAAAUCUUCCUACAACUACAGCCUGCCCUCAUUGUCAGCCUUUAUGAUGGGACACCCAGUACAGAGUCUAAAGCCUGCUACAAAAGCAAAUGUUACUUAAAGCCAUUACUGUUACAGAAAAAAUAUAUAAAAAGCUAUUUGAAACAUGUAACCUUCCAAUUGUAGCUUGAAGUUAUGAAUAUGUUGAAAGAAUUAACCGAUUUUAAAAGAUCCCAUUCACGAGGUCUAGCCCAUUCGAUUUGAAACUGAUUGGAGACCUAAAAGUAAUCUUAGUUUAAUCUUUUAAUUCAUUUUUGCCGUAGUCAAUUGGUGAUACAUAUUUUUAGUUCUAUAGAUCUGAUUCUAUUGUAACACCGAUUUGUAGUCCAGGGUCUGAUUUGGUAGUCUUAUGUUGAAAUAAGGGGAAUUCCUAAUUGCAUGUUAUUUCUUGCUCUGUUUUGAGCGUCCUUCACCCCAUCCUUUUGACAGUAAUCAAGGUUUUAUUUUUUUUCCACACGAAAGCCAUUUGUCUGAAAUAUCAGAACCUACAUCCCCAUUUUCUUAUUUGACUUUUCAAAUCUUUUGAGAAAAGGGCUUGGAAUUCAUGGCAGUGCCGGUUCAGAACAAUUGUCUUUCUUAUCUGAUGCUUAUAGUUCAGAUUUGUCUUGUUAUGCCUUUUUUUGUAUUUUAAAUCUGAUUUAUGUUUUGCUCAGCGAAUAGUUGAUGAAUGAAUUCUAUCCAGUUCUUCCACCGUCACCAACCAGCCUGGUCUCAGAGCAUUUCAUAUUAUUCUGUAAAUGUUCUGAUACCAUGUUGUGCCAACCCACAUUUUAACAAUAAGUGACGCACUCAGAAGUUCUCCUGUAACCUUUACUCCUCAACUUUAAUUGAUUGUAUAUUCUUUAAUUGUUUCGUUGUAUCGGCUCACCUAUUGAUUGUACACGUUUUCUGGUCAUUCUAGUAUCAGGGACAUUCACCAGGGCACAUAGGGCUCUGGCCAAACGUAGUACACUAUAUAGGGCCUAAGGUGCCAUUUGUGACAGCCUCUAUUCACACAAUUGACUUCACAUUCUGUUGGUAGAUUCUUACAUCGUGGAUGUCGUUUUUUUCUUUCCACACUGAAUGCUUGGCAAUAAGGUGUGUCACUUGAAGCUAGGACCUUUAGCUGUAGCUUGCUUGGCAAUAAGGUGUGUCACUUGAAGCUAGGAGCUUUAGCUGUAGCUUGCUUGGCAAUAAGGUGUGUCACUUGAAGCUAGGACCUUUAGCUGUAGCUUGCACUGGAUGUCCAUUCAAAGCUUUGGAGAAUAUAUUUUUUUGUCCCAACCGAAAACAAUGUUGCACGUUCAGCAAUAAAAACCACAGCAUUUACUCUUUUUCACAAACUAGAGGGUCCGAUUUAAUAAAAGUAUGUUUGCAUGUAAAUAGCGAGGAACCUAUGAACAAAUUAAGCAGUUAUAGAUUCAGGAGUUGUGAUUUAAAUGUCUAUUUGGAAAUCAAAGACUGUUAAUGUAUGAGAUGCCUUAAGUGCUUUUGUUCUCUGUCAGAUGAAAUGCUGUGAUUCGGAAACAAAUCCGUUUGUACAAUAAUUGUAUGUUUUAUGGCGAAUGUCUCGCGAGUUUGCUGUCUUGUUGCAUUUGUAAAUAUAAUGUAAAAUCUCCAGAGGGGCCAGAGCCUACUUAUGAUUAGUAAUUGACAAAUAACUGAGAUUAUAUUUCUCAUUUUCUUUUAAAAGUUCAUGAUUGACACACACACCCUUAACACCACCACAUGUGCAUUACCACUAUUGGCAAACUAUAUCUGUUAUUUAGGACCUAUCCCAAUUCCCAUCUCUAGUAUAGGUUUCUCCUAUUGGGAGUUGACGUUUUGGCUCUUACAUUGUUGUGAGUACAUUAUUUAGCAAACACUGUUUACGCAUGAUGCUCCUGGAAAUAUCCCCUACAUUUUAUGCCUACAACCGCAUAGCGAGAGAUGGUUUAAUAUUAGUUUUCUGUCAGUGUGAGAGGUUAUGCUGUGCGUUUCAGGUCAUGAGAUGUAUAUCAUUGGUUUCAGGUCAUGAGAUGUAUAUCAUUGGUUUCAGGUCAUCAUGCCAUUAACAGAACACCACAGCAGCUUUACUUGCACAACUCAGUUUGCCAAUGUUGUCCCACAGCAUACAUUAUAAAUGAAUUGAACGAAAAUAAGUUAAACUGUCUUUUUUUUUUUCAAUUAAACAUACAGUAUCAAUGAUAAUAGAAAUAAAUGUAACUUUAUUACCCAGA